AUGGAGGUAGCGAUGGUGAGCGUGGAAGGCGGCGGGUGCAACACUCACCCGCCUUACGGUUAUGCCCAGCGGCUCGCCAAUUCCCGGGCGGCCGCCGCUGCCGCUGCCGCUGCCGCCAACAGCGGGCACCAGGCGGCGGCGGCGGCGGGAGUAGGCGGCCGGGAUCCCGGCCCAUGCAACCACAACAACGGGGGCAGGAGGUGGCGGAGAGGGGGCCGGCAGAGGCGGAGGAAGAGAGGGGAGACCAGGAGGAGGCGGGGGGACCGGCCGGGGGGAGACAUCGGUUCGCGCCUCCGGUUGGAUGAGGAGGAGGAAGAGGAGGAGGAAGGGCGGAGGGAAGAGGAGGAGGAGGAGGGAGAGGAGGGAGAGGAGGAGGAGGGAGAGGAGGAGGGGGAGGGGGGCGGUCUGCAGCACCGCCGCCGUCCCCACUGCGGUUCCCCGCACCGUUACCGGACCAUGGACGGAGAGGGAGCGCCGUGGGCAGCGGAGUCUCCGGGCGGGGGAGCCUGUUGCGAGCGGGUGGUCAUCAACGUGUCGGGUUUACGGUUCGAGACCCAGGCUCGGACCCUGGGCCAGUUCCCGGACACCCUGCUGGGCGACCCGAGCCGCCGCAUGGGCUACUUCGACCCGCUCAGGAACGAGUACUUCUUCGACCGCAACCGGCCGAGCUUCGACGCGAUCCUCUACUAUUACCAGUCCGGCGGCAGGCUCAAGAGACCGGCCAAUGUCCCCUUCGACAUCUUCAGCGAGGAGGUCAAGUUCUACGAGCUGGGCGAGGAGGCGACCCUCAAGUUCCGCGAGGAGGAGGGUCUGGUCAAGGAGGUGGACAGAGCCCUGCCCGACGAUGAGUUCAAGCGCCAGGUUUGGCUCCUGUUCGAGUACCCGGAGAGUUCGAGUCCCGCCCGGGUCAUCGCCAUCGUCUCGGUGCUGGUCAUCCUCAUCUCCAUCGUCAUCUUCUGCCUGGAGACCCUGCCCGAGUUCCGGGACGAGGAUUUCCCGCGCCCGGCCGGGGGGGUUCCCGCCAACCGGACCGCUCGGCCGGCGGCGGGCUGGCCCCUGGCCUCCCCCUUCGGUGACCCCUUCUUCAUCGUGGAGACGGUGUGCAUCGUGUGGUUCUCCUUCGAGCUCCUGGUGCGCUUCUUCGCCUGCCCCAGCAAGGCCGCCUUCUUCCGCGACCUCAUGAACACCAUCGACGUGGUGUCCAUCGCGCCGUACUUCAUCACCCUCGGCACCGACCUGGCGAGCCGCCAGACCAACGGCCAGCAAGCCAUGUCCUUCGCCAUCCUGCGCACCAUCCGCCUGGUGCGGGUCUUCCGCAUCUUCAAGCUCUCCCGCCACUCCAAGGGCCUGCAGAUCCUCGGCCACACGCUCAGGGCCAGCAUGAGGGAGCUGGGGCUCCUCAUCUUCUUCCUCUUCAUCGGCGUGGUCCUCUUCUCCAGCGCCGUCUACUUCGCCGAGGCGGACGACCCCAAGUCGCAGUUCACCAGCAUCCCGGACGCGUUCUGGUGGGCGGUGGUCACCAUGACCACGGUGGGCUACGGCGACAUGAAGCCCAUCACGGUGGGCGGCAAGAUCGUGGGCUCCCUGUGUGCUAUCGCCGGCGUGCUCACCAUCGCCCUGCCCGUGCCCGUCAUCGUCUCCAACUUCAACUACUUCUACCACCGAGAGACCGAGAGCGAGGAGCAAGCGCCGGCGUCGCAGGCGGCUCCCGCCAGUUGCCCCUCGCUCCUCCGCAAAUUCCGGCGCUCCUCCUGCUCCUCCUCAUCGCUGGGCGCCAAGUCGGACUAUGUGGAGAUGGACGAGAGCCUCCGGGAGUCCCUGUGCCUCAAAUCCAAAGGCAACGGCACCGAAAGCGCCAAACCGAACGCCCUGCACCUGAAGGCGGUGGAGACCGACGUGUGAGCACCCCCCCUCCCCCCUGGACCCCCGAGGCGUUUCAGACUCCCCCCCUCUAUAGCCUUUUUAAUCUCCAGAAUAAUUUGUUGUCAAAGCACUAACGCUCUUGCCCCUAUUCAGUGCUCCAGCAGCAAGCCAGGGGCGCGGAGAGACUCACAAUCUAACGGGAUAAGUUUCUCUCUCAUUAUAGACACACACAACAAAAAAACCAAAACACACAAAAUAAAGCAAAAUCCGCAACAGGCGGUGCAUGCGACCAGGAGAGACACCCAUAAAGAGCGCGGCGACCCCGUGGCUGGAGAAAUCAUCUUUCUUUUUGCACUGUGUCCGCUCUCAGACGGAGACCAGAAAGAAAAACUUACUUUUUGACACUUUAUUGGCGGAUUGAGGCAACCAGGCAUCUGAACUCAAACCCAGGACACUUCUUAAUUUCGUGUGGGGUCGUUAGCCAUUUUUACAUCGUGUUUUCCCAGUGCUAUAUCCCCAAAUCGUUAGUAAUGCCUCCCCCCCCUUUUCUCUGUUGAAGACAGCCAAGUCAGUUUCUAUAGUUUAAGAAUCGUCGGAAACUGCCCGAUGGUUCAAACUUUUUUAAAAAAUCUGGUCUUUCUGUUUUUCUUGCAGAGAAUACAAUCUCUGACCCAAUCAAACUGUUGGUAUUUUCCCGCCUGAUUUAUCAGACCACAUAUUUUAUUUAAAAGCAAAGCUGAAAUUAUGACAAUUUCGUAUUUUGAGUUCAUUAAUCUGGACACAGCAGUGACUAAGCGCUCCAAAAAAAUAUAUACUUUUAGUCAAAGAAAGUAGUUUUAAGAAAAAAAAAAGUUUGACGGGGAACUGCUAACUUCUGACCAGUAAUAACUGGUUAGCAGGUGGGACUUUGUUACACGUACAAUUCGGCCAGUGGGGUGGUUGAUUAAAAAGGAUAAUUAGGAAGGCAGCCAGGAGAGGAACACAGCGAAAGAAACCGAAUUUGUGUCGAUCGCCUGUUCAGAUAAUCUCCAGCUUUCUUAAAGUCGGAGCGAGUCACUUUCAGAGCGCCGUCAGGGGAGGGUGCUGGAUAUAAUUUCAUUUAAGCAUAAUAUUAACCCAUUAGAGAUGGGGAAAACACUGUUGAAUUGUCCUGAACUGUUUGACGCGUGGCUGUGGUUUCGAGUUAAGUAACCCUGGUAAAAACAAGGACUGCAGAUGCUGGAAACCAGAUUCUGGAUCAGUGGUGCUGGAAGAGCACAGCAGUUCAGGCAGCAUCCGAGGAGCUUCGAAAUCGACGUUUCGGGCAAAAGCCCUGUUGUACACCACUUGGCUUUUACACUCUUUCUUCCUGGUCUGCCAACAUAAAGAAACAAAACUGUGAACUUUUGGGAACUCAGCUUGCUGUCUCUUGUGUACUAACUCCCCGCCCCCAUACUGUGAAAGAUUGUCAAAGACACGAACUAUCGACAAUCCAUCGGAGGUGACUUCAGUCCACAUUUACAGAAAUGAAACAAACACAACGAGAUUGUAGCGAAACCUGAACUUGCACUUUUCAGAAAACUUGCUUUUGCGGCAUCUUCGCCUCAGCCGGAAGCAGAGACUUUCCUUAUUAAGGAGAUAAAAGUCCAGCGGGAGUAACUAGUGAUUAUUGCUACGUUUCCUCGUUCAGACGGACUGAAAUGAAUGCAGUUGCACUUUGCGGAUGUACAAAGUUAAAAAUCACACAACGCCAGUCUAUAGUCCAGCAGUUUAUUUGGAAGCACUGGCUUUCGGAGUGCUGCUCCCUCAUCAGGUGGUUGUGGAUGUAGGUAGCAGACAUUAAAUAUCCCGAAGGAUGGCUCUUAAUGUUUUCCUCAAAACGACCAGAGCGCAAGGGAAUGCAACAGCCCUCGCUCUGAAAGGCAUAUGUUGUGGAUUUUUAAACAUAUAUAUACAUAAACACUUUGAAUGAAUGAUCCUCCUCAGAAUCCGAUGUCCUAGAAGUCGGAGAGUAACGCACUCGUGGUGAACCGAGAAGUGAAGAAGACAGUAGGCAUUGUGCACUCAUACCGUACUCAAUCAGGUCAGUAUGACUCCAGAAGAUUCAUUACCAUUCCUUGGACUCCACAGGACAGCCCUUGGCUGCAUCAGUUUGAAAAUCAAUUUAUCUUUUUUAACAUGUGCAUGGAAUGUCAUUGAGGUCUUAAUAAGAAAACAAGGAAUAGAUGAUAUGAUUACAAGAAUUAACAGCAUUGAAAAUCCAACUGGAUAGUACUGCAAAUGGAUUCUACAGAAACAAAGUGACGCCUGGUGAAAAGUGAGUUUGUAUAGAAAUCAGAAAUCCGAUGGACGCGAAAGCAGUGGCACAAAUCAAUGUGGACUGGAAAAAGAUGAGUCUGCCACCAACACCUGACACUGCAGACAAGCAAAACUCUCACCAAAUCAAUCCUCACCUGUGGGACAAAGGAGGAAUUUGCACAUCACAAAAUCUAGCUUCAGAGACUAGUGAGUGUGGCAUAUGUUGUUUUUAUAUGAACUUACUUCAAAAAGAAAAUGUUGUCAAAACUAAGGGUUAGAUUUUAACUUUGGUGUCAUGGAACAAACCUGAGUGGUGAUGGCCCAAAACUGAAUUGCCACCUUACAGCAGGGAAUAAUCGCUCAGUGGUUGGCACUAUUGCCUCACAGUGCCAGGUACCUGGGUUCAAUUCUAGUCUUGGGUGAUUGCCCAUAUGGACUUUCUCCCCCUGUGGGUUUCUAUCUUCCACAGCCCAAAGAUGCACAGGCUAGGUGAAUUGUAAAUGCAGGGGUGGGGGGUCUAGGUUGGAUGCUGUUUGGAGGGCUGGUGCUGACCUGAUGGACCAAAUGGCCUCUCCUGGCACUGAAAGGAUUCUAUGGCACUGAUGCCCUGGUCAUCACCAUUCUUAGGUGGGCAGCUGGCCUGCCCCUGUCCUUCAUAGGUACAUUCGCAAAUUAUGACUUCGCGGCACGUGCCGAGUCCAGUUGUAACUUUGACAGACAUUCAAGCAUCUCACAGUUGUAUCGGAAGUUAUAGCAGGUGGAACACCAAAGAGUAAAUCAGAAAUAAUAUUUAAGGAAUUGGGAUAAGCACUGGUGCCCGCUCCAUGCGCCAAAAGACAGUGUCAGCCACUGCCCUACCCAGGCUCCUCCCACCUAGCAAUUGUCCCCAUGUAAACCUGACUUCCAUAUCGAUAAGCUCCAUGCUUCUAACUGCAACAAGGCAUCCAACGAUAACAUCGUCCUGCCAACAUAUAUUGCGGGUUAGCAGUUGAAUAAUUAAAAUCUACCCCAGAGUUGAUUACAUCACUCCACUAUUUUUAUUGCUCUUAUGCAUGCAUUCCAUGCCUGAAACAGAAAUACAUUAAUGCAGUCAUCUAAUCAUGUCCAGCUGUGUAUGUAAAAUUCAAACUUCGGUUUGACUAUUGCUGGAUGUAGCAGGUUUAACUGUAAAUGUUAUACUAUCGUUGUCUCAUAACAUUCUGGCUAUUCCUUUUGUAAUAUUUUUAAUACACUGUACAAUCCUUGCCAGUAUUUCUGUUGACUUAACUUUUCUACUCUCAGAAAACUAAAAUGAUCAUUCUGAAGUUAUGAAAAAUGUGAUUUGAUGUGUUCUGCAUCUGCAGCAUCAAUGAAACAUUAUGUUUCUAUCGAUUUGGAGAUUACUGUGUAUAGACUGGCCAGUUUGUAAUAAUCAAAGAUGCAGUAAAAAUUAUUCAAUGAUAAAUAAACAUAUUUUAAAUAUCCUAGGCACGACACCUGAAAAUUACCAAUCAGGCCCAAGUGUUUAAAGAUGUAUUUAAACCAUUGUUCAUUUAAAAUUCUGCCAUUUCAGUCAUUCCACUAAACAUAUAUUUUAAUGGCCAGUACAUUCCUUCAUUUGCAUCAUUUUCAUGAUUGAGAUGUGAGCACCGAUGGCAUUACCCCCUGCUCUUAUCUUAUCAUCGAUGGCAAAGUUAGCAUUUACCCCCUGCUCUUAUCUUAUCAUCGAUGGCAAAGUUAGCAUUUAACCCCCUAAUCUUAUCUUAUCAUCGAUGGCAAAAUUAGCAUUUACCCCCUGAUCUUAUCUAAUCAUCAAUUGCAAAAUUAGCAUUUACCCCCUGAUCUUAUCUCAUCAUGUGAAGGUUGUGGUGAGCUGCCCUCCUGAAUUGCUGCACUCCAUGUGGUGCAGGCCCAUCCACAGAUUGGUCGGGAAGCAUUGUGACCGAAUUCCAGGAAAAGAAAAGUCAGGAUUGUGAAUGACUUGGAACAGAAGGUGAUGGCAAUCCCGAUGUGUUAGCUGCACACGUCCUUCAUGAUGAUUGGUGAUAGACCUCGCAGGAUUGGAAGGUUCUGAGAAGGGGCUCUUACCAAGUUGCUGCAGGGCAUCUCAUAGAUGGUACACACUGUUGGUAAGGCACAUGAGCAUGUUGGGUUUUGGAAACUAACCAGAGGAACUCCUAUCUUGUUUCCUGAGCUGGAAUGAUUGACCUCCAACAAUUGUAUUUGAUAAGACUCCAACCACUGAAGAGCUUUUCACACUGUUGACCAUUAACUUCAGUGUUGCUGGGACUCUUGAUACCACACUCUGAAUAAAACUGCCUUGAUGUCAAGGGCAGACACUUUCAUCUCAUUUCUGAAUUUAACUCUUUUGUCCAGUUUUGGAUCAAGGACAUAAUGAGGUCUAUAAGAGAUACCAACACAGAACCUAAUUAUUCACAGAAAAAAUAAGAUGCUUACUGAAAUGUUUCCUCUGUGAGUCAAGCCAUUUCCUGAUAUUACAUUCCUGACUCCCAUGGGGCCAUCACACACCAUAUUAUUUUCACCUACGUGAGAUGUACAGAAUACAGUUUUGGUCCUCCCAUCCUCUAGAUUGACUGAUAUGACUGUGAACUGGUUGAAAGGUCUGCUUUGGUUUGUCAUCUCUUGGCACCAGCUCUGUGUGUAGUUCUUUGGUUUCCAGCACCUCCUAGUAUCCCCUCCAUGUCCCUUUAUAUCCACUAUUUUUGGAUUUCAGCCCAGCAUUCAUGUGACCAUUUGUAAUUUGGAAAGCUGGCCAUUUGUUUGCCCUGUAUCUUUGAACACAGUUAGGAGAAAGUAAAGACUGCAGAUGCUGGAGAUCAGAGUCGAGAGUGUGGUGCUGGAAAAGCACAC